UGUUGCGUAUUUUUAUACAAUAGCCAAGUUUGAGGUCUGAGCUUUAAAGUGAUCUAUAAUGGCCAAUGGAGCUGGUUCAUCGUCGUCUCUCUCAGCAAUCGAAGAAGACCAAGAGUCGUUCUUAUACGGAUCCGAAUCGGGUUGGGUUGAAGCCCGAACACACUGCGAUCACUUGGGUUCGUUAUCUUCGGAUCUCACCCACAUCCCCACCCCUGACACUCCCUGCAACAGGUGCCAUCAUCUGGAAGAGAACUGGCUGUGUUUGUGCUGUAAGGAUAUCCUUUGCAGCCGUUUUGUUAACAAGCACAUGCUUGAGCAUUAUCAACAGAGAAACCAUUGUCUGGCACUCAGCUACAGCGACCUAUCAGUUUGGUGUUUCUCCUGUGAUGCAUAUCUUGAUGCUCAAGUGAUUUUGCCACUACGGCCUGUUUAUGAAACUGCUUACAUACUGAAGUUUGGGGAAGCCCCACCAUUUCGUGCAAGUGAAUAUUUUCAACUACGAGGUAACCAAGCUGAGGAGUGAGGACUCAAUACUGAGGAAUUGAAUUUCGGUAGUUUUUUGUUUCCUUUUGUUUUUGGGGGUGGGGUGGAGGGUGAAGGGGGUAGUUGAAGAGGACUGGGUCAUUAAUAACUGAUAUGGCUUCCAAUUCUAUUCCCUUGAAAGCAGAAGUGAAGUAUAUAGACUUGGUGUUGGCUAUUUUGUCUGGUGGUUUAUUUCACCACAACAUUAGCAUUAUCAUCAUCGCCAAUUCUCCUCCCACCACCAUUGCCAUUACAGCCACCACCACUAUCACCACCUUCACACCACCACCACUAUCACUGUUGUCACAUUGUUGUUGCCAUUAUAGCCACCUUCACACCACCACCACCACCGUUAAUGCUAUCACCACUACUCCCUCCACCACCAUCGAUGCAGCCACCAACACCAUCAACCCCACUACCAUCCUCAUUAUAUAAAAAGAGGCAAUAUAAUUUUAAUUGUAACAAAGGUAAAUGCUUUUAUUUACCAUUAAACUGCAGUGUUUAUAAAAUGUUUACUAUUUAUGUAUUUUCUAUGA